UCAUUUUACGAUCUCAUGUACAGAAAAAGCAUCCGCAAAGCUACUCCCCACUCAUCCAACUCAAAUGGAACAGACAACCUUCAGACAACUGUCACCCCAAACCCGGAGUCGUUUCCUCCCGGGAAAUUGUCCCCGAUUUCACCAACAUGGCCUUUCUCCGAAGUCCAGUCUUCCUCCGCAGUGGAUAGAAUCAAGGAUGUGCUGGGCCCAACCCCUGACAACACCAGCGUGCUGCCGUUCACCCGAACACCUCCUCCCAAGACACACCGCAGGCCUCGGGCUCACGGGGACCUCUCCGCUUCCCCUCACCAAGGGAGCGGAUAUAGCGCCUCCCUCGAGCCUUCCAAGGAUUCCACCGAGUCGCCGGUCCAGCCAAGACCGCCAGGGGGACGAGAAGCAGCCGGUUUCUCUGGAUCUUCAACAGAGCAGUAUUCGGAGCUGCCCCCCACGGAGGAUCCUCGCGCAGCAGGCUCCCCCACACCAGAGUUUCUGAGGUCCGGGCCAGACCUGGCCCAUCGGUCUCCCCCUCCCCCAGCACUUGGAAGUCUUCACCCGCCCCGUGGAACUCCCUCCUGGUCAAGCUUGGAAGCGGCAUCAAGGCCUGCGUCCACCCAGCCAGUCACAGCGGAGGUGGCCGAAACGGUGCACAACGGGGCGUCUCUGCCAGCUCUGAAGAGUGGGGCUGUGCCCUCACUUUCCCAGACCGCUGAGUCAGGGGCGGUGGAAAUGACCAACAGGACACUAGCCCCCGCCACUGCAAAGGACUCCGCUAACCCACUGCACCUGUCAGCAGCUCCAGAGAAUUCUGAAGGGCCCAUCCUUUCAGCAGAACACACAUCUUCCUCUUUGGUGCCUUCUCCUCUGCCUCCCACCACAGCCGGCCGAGGACAAGCCCUCCUUUCUGGGGCGGUUCCUGCAUCACCCUCGAAGGGCGCAGUGGCAGACUCUCCCGCUGUCCUGCAGCCGGCAGGGAACCAUGCCUCUCCAUCCAUCCCGCCCCGAAUGCCAACUCCUCAGGGAGAGGGCCACAGUGGACCCCCUCCUACUGCCGCUACCGACUUCCUCCUCUCGAGCACAUUUCCUAAUCUCCUUGCCGCCUCUUGGAUGUUCUCGCUGCAGAAAGAAGGUGGCGGGACAGCUGUCCCAAGGAAAAACGAAAGGGCAAAUUUGACAGUUGCUCUCCAGACCUUCCAAAGUAAAGAGAUUCCGAGUCUUCACACUCUAAACGGAUUCACCUCUGCUUUCAGCACUGAUCCUAUUUCAUCCACUGUCCGUACAACGCCAAGAGCAAACCUUGCUUCAGAAUUACCUCCCCGUUCUCUCCCUUCCACACGAGUUGCCCAGACUGUUUCCCCAUCUCCCGGCUUUUCCAGCAGCAAGCCAGAGACGGACGCAGCUGCAACGGGCCAUUCGGAGCUGCCAGUUUCAACUUCCAAACAGGUGACGGCACUUCCCUCCUCCACUGAGGUCUAUGAUUUCUCAACAAUGGGAAGCGUGAAAAAGCCAGCGGUCACAGAUGUGUUCCGGAGUUCCCUUUCCGCAGAAACUGGAUCCCUUUCCACAGAACCAACGAUAUCUGGCUUGCUGCAGCAAACAAAUUAUGCUAUAAAUGGGCACACAAUUAACUCCACAAGUUGGAAACCUCACUCAGCUUCCUCUCCUGCCCCCAGUGUUUUAGCUUCAGCUGUUAAUACAAUAGACCCCCAGAAUCUCAAAGACACUGCUGGGCAUGUAGCAACUGCAGAAGGCUUUAGCAUUCAGGAUUCAGUCCUUGAUACAGGCACCAACCAGCCCAUCCAACAGUCAGAUGUUACCGUGGUUGGAAACCAUACAGCUGUCUUGUCUACAAGUAAUAACCAUUCCAGAGACUUCCAAGCAACUGAAAUUGAAGAUGACCCAUCCACAAGUCAACAAGUCACGUCUCAUCCCCAUGUACAGCGGCCUGUCCAUCCAACAUGGCCUCUCUCGCUACCCUCUCCAAGUCUGCCUUCCACAGCUGGCUUGCAGGAGAUGUUUUCAGAUGGAAUGGAUACAAGUUCCAAAAUUUCCAGCAACUUCUACCCAUCUCCUGCGGUACAUGCUUCCACACCAUUCCAGAGUAUCCCGAGAUAUCACUCUACUGCUGAAUCUCCUCUGUCAACCAGGGCCUCACUCAGGACCCCAUCCAAAGUGCUUCUGCCUUCUCAGCGCCCCAAGAAAUGGACAGGUGCAGCCACUAAUGCAGGAAGUUUGUUUCCUGGUACCCAGAAAACAGUGGACUUCGCAGUGGCUUCCAAGGCAGAACCAACAGCAGCUGCAGCAGCAUCCACGUUGCUCCUGAGGAAAUCAAGUCCGGCGGCACUGUCUGCAGCCCUGGUCGCUAAGGGCACCGGCAGCAGCCCUUUGGCCGUGGCCUCUGGAUUAGUCAAGAGCAGUUUGACCACUGCUCUAGCUAGACAUGUCACAAACAACACGGCAUCGGGCCCGAAGGCGACACCAGGGGCAGGCCACCCAGCCUCCUCGUUCACGCCAACCUACAUGUUUGCAAAAUCAGCACACACCACGAGCACUCACACAGCCAUGCAAGGGAACACGGGCACCGCCUCCGGCCUGUUGUCCACAACACACCUCCCCAGGAAGCCACAAGCCAUGCACACGAACCUCCCAAACCCCACCAACCCAGACCUGCCCAGGGCGUCCACCACACGCUCGCUGACAAUCACCGCAGCCUUGACGUCCGUCACCGCACCAGUUAGGGCCACGCGGUUGCCGCCUCUGCUGGCAGAAAACCCAAAUGCCGCUCUUCCCGCUGUGUCGACGGCUGUGGUCACAACUGGCAAAAUGGCGUCCAACCUGGAGUGUCAGAUGUCUAGUAAACUCCUGGUGAAAACAGUUCUCUUUCUGACGCAGAGGAGAGUGCAGAUCAGUGAAACCUUGAAGCUCAGUAUAGCCAAAGGGCUCACGCAGGCAUUGCGCAAGGCUUUCCACCAGAAUGACGUCUCGGCUCACGUGGACAUUCUGGAACAUUCUCAUAACGUCACAGUUGGUUAUUAUGCCACCAAAGGGAGGCUGGUGUACUUGCCUGCCGUGGUGAUCGAAAUGCUGGGUGUUUAUGGGGUCAGCAACGUCACUGCCGAUCUGAAGCAACAUACCCCAAGCUUGCAGUCCGUGGCAGCACUCGCCUCCCCGUGGCAUCCCCAGCCUGCAGGCCACUUCCAGCUGAAAACAGUGCUUCAGUUUGUGAGCCAGUCCGACAACAUACAGUCCUGCAGGUUUGCUCAGACGAUGGAGCAGAGGCUACAGAAGGCCUUCCAGGAUGCCGAGAGGAAGGUGCUGAGUACCCAAAGCAACCUGACCGCUCAGAUUGUGAGCACGUCCAACGCCUCCCAGACCGUCACCUUGGUGUACGUGGUGGCCAACCGGAGCUCUUUCCUCAAUGGCACCGUCGCCAGCAGCCUCCUCCGCCAGCUCUCAGCUGAGCUGGUGGGGUUCUACCUCACCUACCCGCCGCUCACCAUUGCUGAACCACUGGAAUAUCCCAACCUUGACAUAUCGGAGACAACCAGAGACUAUUGGGUAAUUACAGUGCUGCAGGGCGUGGACAAUUCGCUGGUGGGUCUGCACAACCAGAGCUUCGCCCGGGUCAUGGAGCAGCGCCUGGCCCAGCUGUUCAUGAUGUCCCAGCAGCAAGGCCGGCGGUUUAAACGGGCCACCACCCUGGGAAGCUACACCGUGCAGAUGGUGAAGAUGCAGCGGGUGCCGGGACCCAAGGACCCAGCGGAGCUGACUUACUACACCCUGUACAACGGGAAGCCUUUGCUGGGGACUGCGGCUGCCAAGAUCCUGAGCACCAUUGACUCCCAAAGGAUGGCCUUGACCUUGCAUCACGUUGUCCUCCUGCAAGCUGACCCCGUGGUGAAGAACCCACCCAACAACCUGUGGAUCAUCGCCGCGGUGCUGGCGCCCAUCGCCGUGGUCACGGUCAUCAUCAUCAUCAUCACUGCCGUGCUCUGCCGGAAGAACAAGAACGACUUCAAGCCAGACGCCGUGAUGAACCUGCCUCAGAGAGCAAAGCCUGUGCAAGGCUUUGAUUAUGCCAAACAGCACCUGGGCCAGCAAGGGGCGGACGAGGAGGUCAUCCCCGUGACGCAGGAGACGGUGGUCCUCCCGCUCCCUGUCAGAGAUGCUCCUGCCUCGCAGGAAAGGGACGUCGCCCAGGAUGGAAGCACCAUCAAGACAGCCAAGUCCACCGAAACCAGGAAGAGCAGGUCACCCAGUGAGAAUGGCUCUGUCAUCAGCAACGAAUCAGGGAAGCCCAGCUCAGGGAGGCGCUCGCCCCAGAAUGUAACGGCACAGCAGAAAGCGACAAAGGAGGAGGCACGGAAGAGAAAUGUGCCCACAAGUGAUGAAGAGGAAGGCGCAGUUCUGUUUGACAGCUCUGGCAAGGCGGCUGCUGAUCCCUUUGACUCGUCCUCUGGAUCCGUGCAGCUCAUCGCAGUAAAACCCACAGCCCUCCCCGUGGUGCACCCCACCCCGGACCGGAGCCAGGAGGCCGCAGCGCUCAACGGUGAGGUGAACAAAGCCCUGAAGCAGAAGUCAGACAUCGAACACUAUCGGAACAAGCUGCGCCUCAAAGCCAAGAGGAAGGGGUAUUACGAUUUCCCUGCAGUGGAGACAAACAAGGCUCAGACGGAAAGAAAAAAGAUGUAUGAGAAAGCCCCAAAGGAAGUCGAGCAUGUGUUGGAUCCAGACCCAGAACUGUGCGCCCCAUUCGCUGAGUCUAAAAACAGGCAACAGACGAAGAACUCUGUCUACCGAAGCCGGCAGUCUCUGAAUAGCCCAAGUCCGGGGGAAACGGAGAUGGACCUUCUGGUGACACGGGAGCGACCCCGGCGUGGAAUUCGUAACAGCGGAUAUGAUACUGAGCCUGAAAUCAUAGAGGAAACCAACAUUGACAGAGUUAACGAGCCGCGGGGCUACGCCAGGUCGCGGCAGGUGAAGGGCCACUCUGAGACGUCCACGCUGAGCUCCCAGCCCUCCAUCGACGAAGUCCGGCAGCAGAUGCACAUGCUGCUGGAGGAGGCCUUCAGCCUAGCGUCCGCGGGGCAUGCGGGCCAAAGCCGGCACCAGGAGGCCUACGGCUCAACACAGCACCUGCCCUACUCGGAGGUGGUGACCAGCGCCCCAGGGACCAUGACGCGGCCCAGAGCUGGGGUGCAGUGGGUGCCGACCUACCGCCCAGAAAUGUACCAGUACAGUCUGCCCCGGCCGGCCUACAGGUUCUCCCAGCUUCCUGAAAUGGUCAUGGGCUCUCCGCCUCCGCCUGUACCUCCGCGGACUGGCCCUGUAGCGGUCGCUUCUCUCAGGCGGUCCACCUCCGAUGUUGGCAGCAAGACCAGGAUGGCCGAGUCCACUGGGCCCGAGCCGGCCCAUCUGCAUGACAGCGCCUCCUUUACGCAGGUGUCCAGAGGCCCCGUGUCCAUGGCGCAGCUGGAUCAGUCAGCUUUAAAUUACUCAGGCAAUACGGUGCCCGCAGUGUUCGCCAUCCCAGCUGCCAACAGACCGGGCUUCACCGGCUACUUCAUCCCGACGCCCCCCUCGUCCUACAGGAGCCAGGCCUGGAUGUCCUAUGCAGGAGAGAACGAGCUCCCGAGCCAGUGGGCCGAUUCGGUCCCUCUCCCAGGGUACAUCGAGGCUUACCCCCGGUCACGUUACCAGCAGAACUCCCCCUCCAGGCUCCCUCGGCAGUACAGCCAGCCGGCCGGCAUGCACCCCAGCUUGGAGCAGGGCCCUGUGCCCUCCGCGGCGGCCUCCCAGCAGAGCCUGGCAGAGAACGACCCUCCCGACACUCCCCUGACCAACAUCUCCACGGCGGCCCUGGUGAAGGCCAUCCGGGAAGAGGUGGCCAAGCUGGCCAAGAAGCAGACGGACAUGUUCGAGUUCCAGGUCUAAGGCCUUAGCACCGGGGGCUUCCAGGCUCUGAGGAAACAGUCUUCAGGCUUCUCAAGCCUAAUGCGUUGGGACUUGAGUAAUAAACAGUGGGUGAGUCUUCCUCAGCCUUCGUUUCUGAAAAGGUGAACUGUGGGGCUUCUGGGAAACAGAGGAAACUCUUGAACGCCUGGAUUCUCGGCCUAUUCAACUGAUUGUAUGUCAAGAAGUCCCUGCUUGGGACCGUAUGCUUGAUGUUCUGUUGUAUUUAAACUGCCGGUGUAUUUCCCUACGGAGCCUUAGUCGGGAGAGACACUAACCUGCAGAUUCCUGUCCAAUUCCACAUUUCAACAAGUCGCCAGAAGGUGGAGGACACAGCUCUAUCUUUGGUGACUCCUGCAUGUUAACUGUUUCUGUGUUAAAGGCAAUGCAGGCGUGUGAUAACGCACCAGACUGUACUCUCUCUCAUUCAGCCAUGACUGUACUCGUUAAGAUCACCUCCAGUCUGGAAGGGAGGCACUGACUCCAGGCAAGAAACCUGAGUCCUUUUCUUUUAGAGAUUGCUAUUCAAGGUCAGGUGCAUCGGAUGAAAACCAGUGCUGUCAAUGACUGUACCUCUCCCCCACCCCCCAUUAAACAGAAGCCAAGAAAGAGAGAAGAUGAGAGGGAAUGGUUGGUGUGUGUUGACAGGUUUUUGAAAAGGUGUUGUUAUUUUGGAACCGGAAUACCCUGUGAGCUGGGAUCCCGCUGAAAGAGCAGCGGUGCUAAGAGCUUUGAGGGUCCUACAAAAGAAAAGCAGUUACUGGUGGAGCUUUUUCUUUGCCCUGCGAUGAAGGUGGCCUGAGAAUGAAGCUUCUCUCUCUAUUGGGAUAAGAGAUACAUCAUUGAUUUUAUGAGAAACAUCUCUCUCUGUCUUUUCAACAAUGACGUCCAGCCUGGGCUGCCGAGUGACACAAAAGGAGCUAGUAAUUGCUGCCUGCUAGAAGCAGGAAGCGUGGGUCCAGCCUCCCCAGCCUGCAGCCUCUGUUUAUCGCAGCUUCUGAAUGUAGAAAAUCGGUUGAUUUACGUUUAAAUGUAAAUAACAUUUUAAAAAGUGUUUGGAGGUAGCCAAUCCCCUCCUUCCCCCACCCCCUGUGGUUAAUGGACACUAGAGGACAUUCGCUAAAAUGGCCGGGCUGCUGACCUUGUGAGGGUGAUGUUGCGAAUCACCUGCCCUGCCAGGGCGAGUCGGCCUCCAGAGCUCUGGGUGGGCAGCGCCUCCCAGCCCGAGUCACCUGCCGCACAGUCAGCGCGAAGCCGAACAGCUGCUGACCUCACUCAGGUGGCCUCGGGGAGAAAACGCGGGUCCCCUCACCACAUUGAGGGCUCACUUGGCGUCUGUUGGAGAACGAGGGCCUGUCCUACCUUCACCCAACAUCCAUCUCGCUUCAGCUGUCUCCAUUCCCUGAGCCCAUCUUUCCGUUCUCCUCACGAGUUUCUUUGGUCUUUACUGAGAGAAGGUGGAAAUUUCAAAGUGAGAGAAGAGUAGGAGUGGAACUGAUUAGAAUGAGAGAUUCGACUGUCAAAGCACAGACUUUUCAAAGAAGCGGUUUUUAUUUCCCAAUGGCCAGUUGCUCUUUCUGGGAUGUUCCGGAGAGGACGUGUCAUGGAAUUCCCAAACAAGCCUCUUGUUCGGAUGAUGUUAGGUAGUCUUUUGGUAUGCUGGUUGAUCUUUCAUAGUGUUAGCUUUUUGUUACUUAAAAAAAAAAUCAGCUAUAAAUAAAAUGUAUUUUUGUAAUUUCCAUGUGUAUAUAUAUGGUAUAUUUCUACCAAUGGCUAGUUGUUGUAAUCCAAAACCUAAAUCAGCUUGGAAAACCCUAUGGACAGUGUAAGAUUUUUAUCGACAGAUUAACACAAUGCCUAAGUCUAUCUAAAUUGGUAUUCAAUGCACUUGAAUGAACAAAGAGCCAAAGAAACUCAGCCUUUUCAUGCAAAUGGUAUGAGUCUGAUAGAGUCAGCUACAUUGUCCCGCCUUAUCAAUAAUAUUAAUAUUUUCAUCAGUGCAAUGACAUCAGCCCAGUACUUUGUCUGCUUGGUAAAUGCCUGGAAAUGUUAUAUGUGGAAAUGAAGUUUUAAGACCUUAGUGUAAUUAAAAUAUAUGCACAUGCUUCAGAGACAGUGUCUGAGCUGUAGAUGUGCCAGUAACUUACAGAGAAUGAGCCUGCGGCCCCAGCUUGCUAAGAGAUUGAGAAACAAAUCGUUGCAGUCUUUACAGAACCCAUGAAAUAUUGAAUUAGUCAACUGAGACAACUAAACAUGCAGCAUGCUUAAUCAACCCCUCUCUUAAACUAGACACCACUGGUUUAAGAAAAAGUACAUGGGAGGAAAACCUUAAAUGGAAAAGAGGUCAGUCUGUCCAUGGUUUCCCACCCAUGGGCUGACAGCCGCCAUUGUUUGACAUCCUGUGACUAAGAUGGGGUCCCUUCUCUGGAGAGCCUUCUGACCUCAUGGAUGGGACACAUACCUGGAAAGCUGGCUCAGAGAAAAGGCAGAUGUUCAGAAGUGCCUCGUGGAAGUUAAAAUAGAGUUCCAUGAGAGCCCAGAGGCUCUGUGGUCCUCACGACCCUCCAGACAGUUGGAGAAGCCGCAAGACGGUGGUGACCUUGGAGAAGGAAGCAGCGUCCCGAGAAGUGGAGUGACCUGCCCAGGGCUCCAGCCCAAGCCUGCUGACUCAUGACCCAACUUGCUUCCCAUUUCACCAUGCUGCCCGCAUGCUUGUCUGUGGUUUCUUGAACUAUGCUAGGAGGUUUAAAAAGUAGACAAGGGUCAUCUGAGACAUUCCCUAUGUUCCUGUGAAGGAAAACAGAUGAUGGAAUGUGUUAAGAACUUCAGAUAAAGUGUAAAGAGGACAAUGCCUUUGUAGCAUAAUAAACAUUUUUUUGGAACUCGU